AUGGGGAGGGGGAAGGUGCAGCUCAAGAGGAUCGAGAACAACAUCAAUCGGCAGGUGACCUUCUCGAAGCGCAGGUCGGGGCUACUGAAGAAGGCGCACGAGAUCUCGGUCCUGUGCGAGGCUGAGGUUGCUCUCAUCGUCUUCUCCUCCAAGGGGAAGUUGUACGAGUUUUCGGCGAAUUCCAGGUCCCGCGCCUAUAUUAAUCCAUUCCCUUACUCGUUCUUUUUCGAAUGA